CCUGCGCGCGCAGUUUUCUGAACACACGGAAGCAGGUCGCGUGGAGAGACGGUCACCCUGGGGCCCGUGAGUUUCCCAGUAUCUUCCAUACCCUGUGUCUGGGGGUCGCUAAGGACCUUAAAAUCCCUGCACCGCCCCUUCCACCCAAGGAUUGAUUUGUAAAGACUCAUGUCACAUGAGGAAGAAGGCCAGAAGAGGAGCAAGGGAAAAGAAAAGGAGUCAGGAAUGGCUCUCACUCAGGGACAGUUGACAUUCAGGGAUGUGGCCAUAGAAUUCUCUCAAGAGGAGUGGAAAUGCCUGGACCCUGCUCAGAGGGCUUUAUACAGGGACGUGAUGUUGGAGAACUACAGGAACCUGGUCUCCCUGGGAAACUCUCUUCCUGACCUGAAUAUGAUUUUCAUGUUGGAGCACGGGAUAGAGCCUUGGACGAUGCAGAACCAAGUGACAAUAGCAAAAAACCCUAAAGGGUGGGAAUGUAUCAAAGGUGAGAACACAGAUAUCACUCCUAAAUGUGUGAUCAAGGAAUUACCACCAGAAGGGAAAAGUAAUACAGGAGAGGUAUUUCAAACAGUGAUGUUGGAAAGACUUGAAAACUGUGACACUGAAGAUUUUUGCCUCAGGGAAGUCAAGCAUGAUAUAUAUGGAGGAAUGCCAGUGAUCCAGAAAGAAAAUUUUACUGGUAGAGGCAAUCAAUAUGAUAGAAGGGAUACAGGAAACAAACCCAUUAAUAAUCAGCUUGUGUUAAGCUUUCAGUCCUAUCUGCCUGAACUGCGGCUAUUUCAAACUGAAGAGAAAAUUCCUGAGUAUAGUCAGGGUGAGAAAUCUGUCAGCAGUGUUUCCUCAGUUUUACCACUUCAACAUAUUUCUUCUAGUGUUAAAAGCCACAUUAUUAAUAAAUAUGGGAAUGAUUGUAUCUAUUCUUCAUUACUCAUGCAAGAACAGAAAGCUCAUCAGGGAAAACCUUAUGUUUUUAAUUAUGGCUCGCACUUCACUAUAUAUCAGAUAAAUCAUACCAGCGAUCAGCCAUAUAAAUGUGAUAUUUGUGGCAAGAUCUGCAGUCAAAAAUCACACCUUGCAAACCAUCGGAGAAUUCAUACUGGAGAGAAACCUUACAAGUGUAAUGAAUGUGGCAAAGCCUUUAGUGUGCGAUCAACACUCACUAACCAUCAGGUAAUCCAUACUGGAAAAAAACCUUACAAGUGUAAUGAGUGUGGCAAGGUCUUCAGUCGCAACUCACACCUUGUACUUCAUCGGAGAAUUCAUACUGGAGAGAAACCUUACAAGUGUAAUGAGUGUGGUAAAGCCUUCAGAGUGUCUUCAAGCCUUACAAACCAUCGGAUAAUCCAUACUAGAGGAAAACCUUACCUGUGGAGUGAAUGUGGCAAGUUCUUCAAUCACAAUUUAGAUCUUGAACAACAAUGGAGAAUUUAUACUGAAGAGAAACCUUACAAGUGUAAUGAGUGUGGCAAAGCCUUUAGUGUGAGAUCAACACUUACUAACCAUCAGGUGAUCCAUACUGGAGAGAAACCUUACAAGUGUAAUGAAUGUGGCAAGGUUUUCAGUCGCAAUUCAUACCUUGCACUUCAUUGGAGAAUUCAUACUGGGGAGAAACCUUACAAAUGUGAUCAGUGUGGCAAAGCAUUUAGUGUGCGUUCAAAUCUCACCAGACAUCACAUAAUCCAUACUGGUGACAAACCUUUCAAAUGUAGUGAAUGUGGCAAGUCAUUUUAUCAGCGUUCACAUCUCAAUAGACACAAUAUAACCCAUACUGGAGAGAAACCUUACAAAUGUAAUAAAUGUGGCAAGUUCUUCAGUCAAAAUUCACACCUUGCACAACAUCAGAUUGUUCAUACUUGAGAGAAACCUUACAAGUGGAAGGAGUGUGGCACGAGGUCAAGCAUUAAUCUAUAUCAGUGGGUUCAUACUGAAGAAAAAUCAUAUAUGAACUGUUAUGUAUGUGGCAGAGGCUUUUUGCAGGACUCAACUCACUAGGCAUCAAAAUACAUGUCUUUCAUGCAGCCGUGCAGACAUAAUAUAUACAUGCUAAGGCUUUUUCACAAGGAUCAAAACUAGAAUAUUGGAUAAUUCAUACUGCCUAACAACCUCACAUAUGCAGUGAAUGUAGUGUAAGGUCUUUUGUCAAAUAUUAAUUUUGGAGUUAUGAGAGGAAUUACACUGGAGAAAAAACAGACAAAUGUAGUGAAUGUGGAAAGACCCCAAAAGCUUCCCAAAAAAUCAUCCCAGAACCAUCACAAACAUGAUGUGAUAAAUUUUAUCCAAUUCUUAAUACUCCACAUCAGAGAAUUUAUAUGAGGAGUAAUGAACUAAUUCAAGCUAAACCUUAUGUAUCACAUACUACAGAAUAACUAUAAGACAAACUUAAAAUUCAUGAUAUAUAUAUGAAAUUGCAAGGAUGCUUGCAAUGGCCAGUUAUUUUCAGGAUAUAAACUAUUCUAUUAUUUGAUGUUUCUUGAAAAGACUACUAUUUAUGACUUUCCAACUGGAGUUUGAAAUCUAGAUAUUAUGCAUCUUUACAGGCCUUUCAUUGUGCUCUCAGGGAAAGAAUCAAUAUGAGGAAAGGGCUUACUUUAUUAGGUGAAGAUCAUUUCUAUCCAAGUUCCUAGUAUGAUAGUGACACUGCCCUUUAAAUAUUGUCUGAAUUAGCAUUUGGGAGGGGCUGUGAAUAAUGUCAAGUCAUGCUUAUUUACAUUUAGGGCACCCUUCUCCACACAGGACCAACGAGAGUUAUAGAAAAGGAAUCAUACCAAAAGAUGGUUCAAGGCUACUUCAAAAAGUUCAUGGAAAAAUGAAGCUCAAAGAUAACACUAAUCUUUCCAUGGCUUUUUGAAGUACCCUUAUAGAGCAGACCAAGACUUUAUGAGACUGGGAUUUUUAUGGGGAGAAACUAAUUGAUUACUAGUGACUGAGUAUGUAGUGGAAAUAAUGCAGGGGCAAUGGUGGACACCACCUUGGUUGAAUUCACUAGCUUACUGUAUAGCAAUGACUGAUGAAAAAUUAGUCUUAUUCUUGGAAUUGAAGAGAGCUGUUAUCAGAGAGGAGAGUUUAAUCAGAACCAGAAUAACAUAUUCUUGAGUAGGAUUCAUAUUUAAUUUCUGGCAUUAGACUUUUCUAUUUUAUUCAGAAUGUAUUUUAGGUCUCAUGUUUUAAUAAAAUUUAAUCUUUUCUUGUAACUGAAUGAAUCAUGUUCCUUCUACCAACAUAGUUUUAUUUCAUCUCAGCAGGAUAGUUUAUAACAAAAACUUAAGUACACCAUCAGGCUUUUAAGGUUGAAGGAUCUAUAACAAUUGUUUUCCAUUGUAGAGCCUAAUAUCAUACAAUCUGGGAAACAUACUCAUUCUUUGCACUUGGGUUAUUCUCUCUGCACUCUGCCAUGGGACACUUAGGUGGGUAUAAUGAAAAGCCCAUACCAGUGCAUGUUCUGAUUCUGAGACCCUAAAACCUGCAUCCCUGUUGAUGAAUAUGUACCAUAUUACUAUAUUUCUACAUGCCUUUUUCCUAAGUUCCACGAUUCAUGGUAUGUACCUUGAUUUACAAGAAGGGAAAAUAGAAAUAUAGUAAGAAUAUUGGAAAUUUAUGAAGUAAAAAAAUAAGGAUAACAAUAAUGUGGUUUUGGGUUUUGUUUUUGUCCUUAGAGUAGUCAGUGAAAUAAUUGGAAAAGAUCAAUGUUCAUGAAUUUCCUCUUAAUGAACAUUCACAACGGGAAUUUUUUGUGUGUGGUUUAUUAUGUAAACUAGGGAUCUUAUAUAUUCAUCCUCAUAACAUUUUUAGCAAUUCGUACGUGUGAUCACUCCACUGGAACUAGCUAGAACAUCACCCAACAUUUGGCUUGGAAGUGGAGGAGGAGGAUGUAUGCAGAAGUGUUAUGAGAAUGUUUCUUACAUCAUGAGGAUUUCUGGGAAAUAGGGUAGACUUAUCAAGCUAGUCAAAAGUGGCUUGAGAGAGCAGGGAGGGAUUAUUGGUGUGCUAUGGUGGUUACCAGGUGGGCUGUAGUGAGGGUACCUUGUAGUGGUUUGAACUUCCAGCUGGUAUUGAAGGGAGUGAAUGAGCUUUAUUAUAAGCUUGCCCAGAUGGGCCAAAUAGGAAGAGUGUAUAGUGGGUUUAAAAGGUGUUAGUCAAAAAUAAAAAAAUAGAGUUACAUUGAUUGGAUUGUGAAUAAUGAAAACAGCCUUCUAUCCCUCAAAUAUCCCUUUUUGUCUCUUUUUCAUGUGGGAUUUAGUGUUACCUUUCUUUUUUGUUAAUGUCUUUGUCUAGUUUUGGUAUCAUGGUAAUCCUGAACUCAUAAAUCGAGUAGGGAAGUGAUUCCCUCUUCUACAUUCUGGAUGAAAUUGUGUACAAUUGCUGUUAAUUCUUUACAUGUUUGAUAAAAUUGUCUUGUGACAA